AUGUCGCGUAACAACCAGAACACUUCCUCAUACAUGGCGAGCUCCCUAAGCCAUCUGUCCAACAGGAUGAAGCUGGAAUGGACUUCCAAGCUGAGCACCGAGUACCAGCCCGCAAAGAAUUAUCGGCGCACCUCCAUCAUCUGCACUAUUGGCCCAAAGACAAAUUCAGUGGAGACGAUCAAUAUCCUUCGCAAAGGUUUGACAACAAACAUCCGUUUCCAGCAUUCCUGUUUUCAUCCUAACAUCAAUUUUGUAGCCGGACUAAAUGUUGUUCGCAUGAAUUUCUCUCAUGGAACACAUGAGUACCAUCAAUCGGUCAUCAACAACGCAAAGCAAGCUGAGAGAACCCAAACUGGACGCCCUCUUGCCAUUGCACUUGAUACUAAAGGGCCGGAGAUUCGAACUGGUCUCACCCCGGAUAACAAGGAUAUUCCGAUUUCGGCUGGUACCGAGUUGAACAUAACCACCCAUGAUGACUUUGAGGCCAAAAGCGACAACAAGAAUUUAUACGUCGACUACAAGAAUAUCACCAAGGUGAUCCAGAAAGGCAAGCUCAUCUACGUCGAUGAUGGAGUGCUGUCGUUUGAAGUUCUCGAUGUUGUGGACGACCAAACGCUCCGUGUCAAGUGUCUCAAUAACGGUACCAUCUCAUCCAAGAAAGGCGUAAACCUUCCCGGCACCGAUGUUGAUCUUCCCGCUCUUUCCGAAAAGGACAUCGAUGAUAUCAAGUUUGGUGCGAAAAACAAAGUUGAUAUGAUUUUUGCCUCUUUCAUCCGCCGCGGUGAAGAUAUUAGGCGCAUUCGUGAGGUCCUGGGAGAGGAAGGCCACGAGAUUCAAAUCAUAGCGAAGAUCGAAAAUCAACAAGGCGUCAAUAACUUUGAUGAGAUUUUGGAAGAGGCAGACGGCGUGAUGGUGGCCCGUGGAGAUUUGGGCAUUGAAAUUCCAGCACCAAAGGUUUUUAUUGCCCAAAAGAUGAUGAUCGCCAAAUGCAACAUCAAGGGGAAACCAGUCAUCUGCGCGACACAGAUGCUCGAGUCCAUGACCUACAAUCCUCGCCCAACACGCGCCGAAGUUUCCGAUGUCGCCAAUGCGGUCCUUGAUGGGGCGGACUGCGUGAUGCUCUCUGGCGAGACUGCCAAGGGUAACUAUCCAAGGGAAGCAGUGGCCAUGAUGCACGAGACAUGCCUCCAGGCCGAAGUUGCCAUCCCAUACUUUAGUGUCUUUGAUGAACUUCGCAACCUCUGCCCAAGACCAGCCGACACUGUCGAAUCCAUCGCUAUGGCAGCCGUCUCCGCAAGUCUUGAACUGAAUGCAGGCGCAAUCCUGGUGCUGACCACAAGUGGGCUUACUGCUCGUCUCCUGUCCAAGUAUCGCCCGGUGUGCCCAAUUAUCAUGGUCACUCGCAAUGAGGCUGCUGCUCGGUACUCACAUCUCUACCGCGGCGUGUACCCAUUCUUUUUCCCCGAGAAGAAACCCGAUUUCAACAUCAAGAUCUGGCAAGAGGAUGUCGACCGCCGCCUCAAAUGGGGUAUCGCCCAGGGCCUCAAGCUCGAAAUUAUCUCCAAGGGCGACUCUGUCGUCUGUGUUCAGGGAUGGCGUGGAGGCCAAGGACACACCAACACCAUCCGCGUCGUUCCAGCUGAACCCAACUUGGGCCUUGCGGAAUAA